AAAAGACCUUAUUCCUACCCGGAAGAUUCAGCCGUGUUGCCAACUUGUGAUGACAGGCGCGUUUUGCAGAGGAUAGAGGCGUAACUUGAGUUGUUGUUGCGCCGCAGGGUCGUUGUGAGGGGACUCGGGGACUUUUUCGCACGAGUGAAGGCGGAUGAAUCUCUAGGUACCUUUCCCGAGAUCGUCCGUCCUUCGUCGCCGCCAUCUUGGAUUUUAAUCCGCCAUUUUUCCCCUUGGAAUUAUUAUUUUUUUUAAUGAUUAAUUCCCCCCCCCCUCCCCAGCCAGGAUUCUGGACAUCGUCAACCGAGGCUUUGGACUUGUGGGGUGCCGGGUGGCGACGAAGACUGCGGGGCCUAGAAGCAGGCAGAAGGAAGCUGAACUGCAAUUGACUUCUUAAAGCCUUUGGAAGAAGGACUAAAUGCAACGGGGGCAAAUUGCCUGUGGGAAUGAAGUGGUUGGGAGAAUCCAAGAACAUGGUGGUGAAUGGCCGGAGAAAUGGAAGCAGGAUAUCUAAUGAUCAUCAUCAGAAUCAGUCCAAAUUACAGCACCCUGGAAAGGAACAUCCAAAGACUGGCAAAAAUGGAGUUGAGAGACGAUCAAGCAGAUGUAGUGGUGGUUCGGGAUUUGAAGGCCAAAGUCGCUACGUGCCUUCCUCUGGAAUGUCUGCCAAGGAGCUGUGUGAGAACGAUGACCUAGCAACUAGUUUGGUUCUUGAUCCUUAUUUAGGGUUUCAAACACAUAAAAUGAACACUAGGUUUCGACCAAUAAAAGGAAGGCAGGAGGAACUGAAGGAGGUGAUUGAACGUUUUAAAAAAGAUGAGCACUUGGAUAAAGCCUUCAAGUCCUUGACGUCAGGUGACUGGGCCCGGCACUAUUUUCUUAACAAGAACAAAAUGCAGGAAAAGUUGUUCAAGGAACAUGUAUUUAUUUAUUUACGAAUGUUUGCAACUGACAGUGGGUUUGAAAUAUUGCCAUGCAACCGCUAUUCAUCAGAGCAAAAUGGAGCUAAAAUAGUUGCAACAAAAGAAUGGAAACGAAAUGACAAAAUAGAAUUGCUAGUGGGUUGUAUUGCUGAACUGUCCGAUCUAGAAGAAAAUAUGCUGCUCAGACAUGGAGAAAAUGACUUCAGUGUUAUGUACUCAACACGGAAAAACUGUGCUCAGCUGUGGCUUGGUCCAGCUGCAUUCAUCAACCAUGAUUGCAGACCCAACUGUAAGUUUGUGUCAACGGGCCGAGAUACGGCAUGUGUGAAAGCUCUACGAGAUAUUGAACCAGGAGAAGAAAUUUCUUGUUACUAUGGGGAUGGGUUUUUUGGAGAAAAUAAUGAAUUCUGUGAAUGCUACACAUGUGAAAGACGUGGAACUGGUGCUUUUAAAUCAAGAGUGGGACUGCCUGCACCUGCGCCUGUGAUCAAUAGUAAAUAUGGACUCAGAGAAACAGAUAAGCGUUUAAACAGGCUUAAAAAGUUGGGUGACAGCAGUAAAAACUCAGACAGCCAGUCUGUAAGCUCUAACACUGAUGCAGAUACCACUCAGGAAAAAGUUAAUGCAACUAACCGUAAAUCUUCAAUUGGUGUAAAAAAGAACAGCAAGAGCAGAACAUUAACAAGGCAGUCUAUUUCAAGAAUUCCAGCUUCAUCCAAUUCUACCUCAUCCAAACUAACUCAUCUAAAUAAUUCCAGGGUACCAAAGAGACUGAAAAAGCCUGCAAAGCCUUUACAUUCAAAGAUUAAGUUACGGAAUCAGUGCAAAAGGUCAGAACAGAAAAAUGCAUCUAGAAAACUCGAAAUGGGAAGUUUAGUUCUUAAAGAGCCUAAAAUAGUCCUGUAUAAAAACUUGCCCAUUAAGAAGGAGAAGGAAACAGAGGGACCAGUGAAAGUAGCAGUCUCUAGUGGCUGCUUAACAAGGCAUGCAGCACGAGAAUAUAAACUAAAUUCUGUGAAAGGUGCUCAUGAACCUGGAGAAGUAUCACCUUGUACAUAUAUAACAAGGAGGUCAGUAAGAACGAGGAUGAAUCUGAAGGAGACCUCUGACUUAAAGCUUGAACCAAAUAUGCUGAAUAGCUAUAAAAACAACUUGACUGGCACUCGAGCUAACAGCUUGGAACAGCAGUCUCAUGUGAUGCAUGAGGGUGAGCAGGCUCAUAUAACGUCACAUAAGGGAGAGGGUCGGUAUCAGAAGAAUGACAGGGUUGUGGCCAAAAAGAAAUACCGACAAAGAAGACUUGUGAAACCAUCUGAAAAAAUGGAGGAAACUGAUCCUGUACAUGAUAUGCUGGGCAAAGACAGAGUGCCAGAUUUGAUCAGUUCACAUUCUGAUGUAGGAGAAAGGAACCAUGUAAUGGAUUCAACCAUUGGAUAUAAAGAUCGUAUUCCUGUAUCUGGUGGUUGCUCCAUUGUGAAUUCAGAUACCUUCAAAGCAAAGGACCAUUUUAGAACUGCAAAAAACAAAAAGAAGAGGCGAAUUACAAGGUAUGAUGCACAACUAAUUCUUGAAAACAGCUCUGGGAUUCCCAAACUGACUCUGCGGAGACGGCAUGAUAGCAGCAGCAAGACAAAUGACCAAGAAAAUGAUGGAAUGAAUUCUUCAAAAAUAAGCAUCAAGCUAAGUAAAGACCAUGAAAAAGAUAAUAACUUAUAUGUAGCAAAGCUUAAUAAUGGGUUUAACUCAGGAUCAAGUAACAGUUCAACAAAAUUAAAAAUACAGCUAAAACGAGAAGAAGAAACCAGGGGGACAUACACAGAUGACCUCCAUGAAAAUGGAAUGUGUUGUAGUGAUCCUCUUUCUCUCUUAGAGUCACGAAUGGAAGUAGAGGAUUAUAGUCAAUACGAAGAAGAAACUGUAGAUGAAUCAUCAUCUGCAGAGGAGGAGGAAGAGGAAGAGGAUGAAUAUGAGGAUGAUUUUGAAGACGAUUUUAUUCCUCUCCCUCCUGCUAAGCGAUUAAGGCUUAUUGUUGGCAAGGAUUCAAUAGACAUUGACAUUUCUUCUAGGAGGAGAGAGGAUCAGUCUUUAAGGCUAAAUGCAUAAGCUUACAGGUCUUACUGAAUAGGAUGUCCAUUUUUUAAAAACAAAAUUCCAGUCAAUUAUUCUUCAGCUGAUGAACUUUCUGAAAUGUUAGUGGAAGCACUUCUUUAUUGUUUAUUCACUUAUAUCAAUAUAAUAUUGUAGAAAAUGUACAGCAUACUGACUCCUUAAGUCAUUUGUGCAGAUUUUUAUUGUACUUUUUAAUAGCCUUCUUAUGUGCAAUUCUGAGUUAGAGAAAAUGCUCUAUUGUAAAAUAAAGGCUCAAGCAAAAUUUAAAAUUGCCAUCAAAUUUUUCCAUGCAGAAUAAUUAAAUCACAAUAAUGUGGCUACACAAUUAUUUUUUAAUCUGUGAGAGCAUUAUUUUGCUCUUACAUCUGACUAAACAAUACUCUAAAACAAAUCAUAGUAGCAACAUAUUAAGGUUUUCUAGUAUGUUAAUAUCACCAGCAACGAACUACAGCUUUUUCAGUUUAUUUGCUAGAUGUUUCCCCCCCUUGGAGUUUGUCAGUUUUAACACUGUAUGCUGUCCCCAGACGUACUGUUUGUGGCCUUUGUUAUAGUAGCAAACCGUUGGUUGGAAGUCAAAUUGAUUUCUUUUUUAAAAAGGGGGGGUGUUGACAGUUUGCUAACUUUUAGUACAUUAUAUGUACAAGGGUAGCAGUAUGCAGAAUACAAGUUUGGAUAUGGUGUAUUUAUUUCUUGUUAUGUAAAUUAAAACACCUUGUAUUUAACACUUUUUCAAUACUUUUAGAUAAAAUUGUUCUUUGCAAGAAUGAUUGGUGCUUAUUUUUUCAAGAACUUGCUGUGAAACAAUGUGAUUACAACAGGCAACAUUUAUCCAAUGAACUGCAGCUAUCUUAAUUGGAUCCUCAUUGUUUUCUGUUGCACUUGUAAAAUGCUACAAGGAAUUUUUUAAAAAACUAUUCACUUUAAUUUAUGAUAGUUUUAUGAAAUUUAAAAGAAAUACCUAAACUCACAGCUUUUGUUCUGUGGUAAUCUAUAAAAAUGUUUGUCUUUUGAGAUACAGUGUAAAGGACUGAAAAAAUGUAUAUGUUGUAAAUAUUUGUGUGUUGUGAGAAAUUUUGUCAUAAAAAAUUGAUAACUUACCAGAAGGGUUUUUAAGUUUAGAAAUACAUUCAUGCCAAUAAAUAGGAAAUUAUAAACCUAGUUUUAAACUCUGAUUAGUGGAAUUUUUUUGUAUUGGUUUUGAAAUUUCAUAAUUGCUGUAUGCACUUUUUUAAAAGCUAAAAUGAUAAAUAAAUGGUGGAGGAGCAAUUAAUUUUAAUCCUAUAAAAUUAACCUUUUAAAAAAAUCUCUGUUUUAAUUAGUAGGAAUAUAUGUAACCAUGGCUGUUAAAUCUGUUGCAGUUUUAUGCACAGAAUUUCACACACAAUCUUAGAGGAUUCAGAAUUCCUGAGAAGUUUAACAAGUUUAAAUAGUUUGCAUGAUAGUAAAUAUGUUUAUAGGCAGUUUUUUUCCCCAGUUUCAUCUCUGUGCCCAAAGAUGCAGAUUGAGCUUUCAGUUGGAAUAAAUGGGGAAGCACUUGUAGACACAAGAAACUGUGUUUACAUAUUGGACUUCCCAUAAUCCGAAAUAGUUGCUGAAUUGGAGUGGGCAUCUAUAGAACGCUAUAAUGAUUAGUGACAGGAGUUCUUGUGUGUGGGUUCUUGUCCCAUCCUCAUUAACUCAAUUCAUAUUCCCCUUCCUCUAUACCCUCUUUAUUACUCUUACAUUUUAUCCUGCUUCCACCACUACUGUUCGUCAAAAUGUUCAAUUUCUGCAAAAAUUCAGGUAUCCUAUCUAAAAGAAAACAUUCCUUUUUAUCUAUAAUAAGUAAAUUUCAUUAGUGUUGUAUAAUACGGGGGUAUAACAUUUUCUGGGAAUAAAUUUGGAUUCUUUAUUUUGAUAUAACUUGACAAAUAGCUGUUACUGAGUGCUUGGAUCACUUUUGCAGUGUGGGAGCUGCAGCAUCACUGCUUCUUCUCAUGCUGCUAGAGUAAUGUUGGGGAAACCUUGGAUCUCAUGGGAAGAGCCCAUGCUGAUGUUUGUGAUGGGUGCCAUCUUUUGUGCAAGGUAUAAGGACUGCUUGUGUUAUCCCAUUAACAUGGGAUAGAGUAGCUCUGCUUUAGAUCCCACACUACAAAGCUAACCUAAGAAUCCAAUCCGUUUAGCUUGGAAAGAUCGCAAAGGAAAAUGUUAGAUAGAGUGUUUUUGGAAACAGGUGGUGGCACAAUGGAAUGGCUCAGUCUCAGCUUCAUUCUGUAGAAAUAUUGAAGCUGCACAGUAUAUUCUUGUGAAGAACAAUUACUAACUGUCCAGAAGAGCUACACCAUUAGUUGCCUCUCUCCUUCAUGUGUUACAAAACCUUAGCACCCCCUUUCUAAAUAAGGGACUGCACUUGGCCGAGGCUGAAGCAUCUCAAAACACAUGCCUUUUAACUUAACUUUAAUGAGGUUGGGCACAAAACUCUGUAUAGUCAAAGGCAAAUGGAAGUUUUGCUGCUUGAAUUCAAGUGGCAAGAUCUGAGUUGUUGCUGAAAUUCAGUUUCAAGUUGUGUACAUUGCAAUUAACAUUUUGAAUUCAUUUCAGUUGAAAUAGCAUCAUGGAACUGAAAUGUGUUUGUGACAUUUCUUACAUUUGUCACAGACAUUCCAAAUGCAAUAAAUAAAAUUGAAUUAAGUAUCUGUAAUGUUGAUGACAGGUAAAUAUGUUUAAUAUUGAUGAUGAUGAUGAUGAUAAAAGGAUUUUCUUCCACUUUGGCAGUAAGCUAUUGGUAUUAACUCUGAACAAUAUAUAAAAUGCUCUGAACAAUAUAUAAAAUGGAACCUUCAAAAUGUAUUGCAAGAGAAUUGGUGUGUGCAGCGAUCAGUUUUUAUCAGUGCCAAAAUUGAUUUGAAAUAAAUGAGACCAAAGGGGGCGGGGAAGCAAAUUUUAAAUUCAUUAAAUGAUAGGUGGCUCUGGACUUGUUUUUAUCUACUUUUUAAUAUUUUUUAUGAUUGUACCCAUUUUUGUGGCUUGUAAAUUCUGUAGAUUGUUUGUCAUGCUCUGUGUGUUUGUUCUUUUUGGCAUGAAUCUGUGCACUGAUAAUUAUAGAGGUAACUGUCAAGUGCAGCAUUACUGGUAGAAGUAUCCAAACUUUCUUAUUUACAUAAAUGGUUUGACUUCCAGAUAAAAUAACUAGAACUAAAUAAUAAUACUAUUAUCUUGGAGAUAUUGUGAUGGUGGGGAUAUGUGACUGACCACAAGGACCACCAAGCCAAGUAAUUGGGGUUUGGAUAAUUUCUACUAUAGCUUCAUUUUAAUUGCGUCUCAUUUGGCUUUUUAAACACUGGUAAGCACAGCUGCAAAAAAUAGAAGAGAGCACAUACACAAUAGCAAGCAAGCCAGAAGUACUUCUCAAAUUCAAUAAAAGCUCCUGCAAUUGUGAUA